UUUCGUUGACGAGACACCCAGGGCUUUGAGCUUUGCUCACGAGCUGCGGGCUGCUUCCUGCCUUUAUCCUUUCUCACAUUUUUACCAGCGAUCCAUCGUGACGACAUAUAACGAGCCGGAUAUCUCUAGCAUUUUCCUUUCUUCUGUUCUGUGGACGUAUUGGAUCAAAAUGGCAGUGGGACCAGUCGUUCUCCUGGUCCUCCUCCCCGUGCUGGCCCAAUCAUGCGUGCAUGAGCAGAUCACGGUCACCAAGAAUAUGAGCUUCAUUGGGUUGAUAGGAGACAAGUUAUGCAGCACGCCGGAAUAUUGUAUGGACAAACAGACCCAGGAGAAAAAAGGAUGCCUCAAGUUGAGGUGCGAUUACACUGAGGAAAAAAAGGACCCGUACCACGCUGCCUGCAAGUGCGAGUGCAUUUGCUUCAAAGGCUGUCCGAAGGCGGGCGAAGCGUGCAACUCUAGGAAACAGGCAUGCGAACCUUUUUGCCCAACCGAAACCAUUCCUAACGGCAUCAUCGGAAACAGGACCCAUUUCUUUGGCGACAUCGCGAACGUCACGUGUCAUGAUAACUACACUUUAGUAGGCGAAGAAGAGGUACAAUGUCUGCCGAAUAAAACGUGGAGCUACCCACCCCUCUGCACGAAACUCUGCCCCGACCCUCCAAAUAUUGAACAUGGAUCAGUGAUAGCCGAAAAAAAGUCGGAAUACCUCCCCAAUGACGUCAUGAAGUACAAGUGUGACGUAAACUUUACUUUUGUUGGUGGUCACGACUCGAUCACGUGUCUGAAAGAUGGAACCUGGGGAAGUGAUAUCACGUGCAAAGAAAAUGGAUCCGCGGCACUUGUUGCAGGGAUCUUGGCCAUUAUGCUGUGUUUUCUCUCCACGAUGAUGUUUUUCAUGCAGUAAAUGAGCCGCGACUUUCAUCCGCGAGGAGGCGCUCCAAGCUUUGGACUCGUAUACGACUUGCCGAAAAUGCAAACGGCUUACAGGGGAACUCGGAAUACAUUGAAUCUCACUUGACACCGUUUAUCAAUUGUGAUUUAGAAAUACGAGGCAGACGUGGAUGCUGUUGUGGGGCAAACACCCAAAGCUUGCAGCGCCGCCUAUGAGGAUUGAAAAGAAUGCAGGUUUUCUCGGAGAGGCUAAUAAACUAGUCGUCAGUGACAGAAGUUGAUUUCAUGCUUUGUCAUCGAGUACACAGAGUAUACAGAGAGGGUCUAUGGUAGUCGAGUCGCUUAUCACCCCUUUUCGAAAGCAAACUUGACCGGGAGUAAGCCAAAUAAUAGGGACCAGUGAUUUGUUCAUUGCAAUAUGAGCAGGCCGAUGAUGCACAUUCGGUACUUUCGAUUUUACAAUACCAGCGGAACUGUAGCCUAAUGACUUCCGCCUUCCUUGAAUGAUGAGGAGAUCAGACAUCCGAGGAAUGCGAAAAACAAAUCGGUUUGUUCAUAUACAUGAAAUUUAUUGCAUAUUUCAUUCCGAUUUUGAAUUUACACUAAAAAAACUAUUUCCAAAUGCCUGUCAAUUAGCUGCAAGCGCAAGUGCAGUGAUUGUUCCGGCUCGUUUAUGUCUCCACGAAAGAUCUUCAAGUAUUUGGUUGCCAUCUUUACGACAUCUUAUGUCAAGACGAUGACUGUUUGGUACACAACAGUGGAUUGGUAGUCCCAAACUGACUCUUUAGGGGAGUACAAGCCCCGAUGACCAAUCAACAAGCAGAAGAGACGUCAAAUCCCAUUAAAAAUGACAUCUGGCUGAGAAAAAUAGCACUUAUAUCUGGUCACCAAUUCAGAUUUGACCAGCUUAUGUCAACUAUCCUCGAUAAUACAUCCGGAAAAAAACUUCGGUAGACCGCGUAUUGCAAUAACUGCAUCGAUUAAAGGUCUUUGACCGUUAGUCCCCGAUCUGAUAAGCCACCUGGUGAUGGAAAUGUGAACCAACCUGUUGACCAAUCCUCUUGAGAUAAGAGUUCACCUGGUUUCUCCGGAACCAUACUCACAGUGGAAACGCGCCAUGAGGCAAGACCACAAUU